AGCUCGAUGAAUAGGGACAGAUCUUCCAAGUAGGUGCAUUCAUGUCAUCAUGAGUCAUGGAUGCCCGCAAUCUGGUGGUGCUGGGUCUUCCCCUGGUGAGCUGCUUCACCAUCGCCGAUGCUGGAGUCGCAAAGCCCUUGCCGCUUAGCAAAGAGGCGGAAAUGCUAGCCAAGCUGAUGCAGAGACCACUGAAGAGCUCUGCGCAGCAAAUGAGUGUGGUAUCCUUCAAUAUGCUCUUGAAAGGCUUUGAUCAGAAGCCGUACUAUCCGAGCAUUCCUUCCACAUUGAGAGCCUGGCCAUGGCGAAAACAGCAGCUGGAAGAAUUGAUUCGUGGCGUAGACGCCGAUGUCUAUUGCAUGCAAGAAGUGGAAUGCUCGUCUUUUGUGGAGGAGUUCAAGUUUCUGGCCCCAGCAGGUUACUCUGCAGUGCCUCCCAAAGAUGACUCCAAGGGCAAGAUCCCUGAGCUCGCCAAAUGCGCGAUUUUCUUCAAGACGGAGAAGUUUGAACACAUUUGGCAAGAGCAUCGUUCCCGAGUUGUGCUGUGCGCUUUGAAGUGCUAUGAUCAGGUGAUCUACUUUGCGAGCUGCCAUUUGGAAGGUGCACCCAGUGAAGGCAAGACACGGCUGACUCAGCUGAGGAAUGCUUUACAGUCAAUUCAGAAGGAUCAAAAGCAGCGGGGCCUUGACCCCACUACUUGUGUAACUUUGGCAUGACAGGCUGAGGGUUGACCCUUUGAAUUGAACGCAUGGUACUGGAAGCUUGGUUUGUCUUGCCUUUGUGCAAACAAUGAAAUAGACAUGAAACUUCAGCUCGGCCCAGUGCCAAUGCGCUCUUGUGAUUCUCAAAGCUGUGUGUCUCCUUCAUUGGGAUUUGCCUCUAGUUGCGGAACAUGUUUGAACAUGCUGGAACUUCCCAGGCUGUGAUUUUCGCUGGAGAUUUCAAUGAGGAUGACAGCGGUCCUGUCGUAAGGUCAUUGGCUUCAAAGAGAGACAAGGAUGACAAGGACUUUGAGGAACUGGUGGAUCAUGGCUUCGGCCUAGCUGAUUUAUAUUCAGAGCGCUUUGAAGCACGACCACCCACCUUUGGAGCGCCGCCCACCCGCGGGACUGAGACCAAGCUCCGUGCAAUUGACUUCAUGCCUCCUGAAUUCAGUAUGCUAGCUAAAGAUGCCAAAGCGUCAGCAGAUCAAUCAUCUACAGCUGAAAAUAUUUAUGCUUUGAUAUUUGAAGAACACUUUCAGGUCACUUUGAUUUUUCCCCAAACAGUGUGGUCACCUAGGGGUUCUUACAGUAAGAUUUAAGGCCGGGUGUCGGAUCGAGGUGCUCCAUCGGCGUGUCCGGCUAAUUCGCUGUUAUUAGUAGCAAGGACGCUUUUGGGUUGAUGCCAUCGCAAGUAAUUAGGUUGGAGGCCAUCGCUACUAGGAGCAAGAAGCUACUAACAGUACAUCAGUACAUUUGUUCACCUCAAAAUCGUCGAAGUACAUUUCGACGGCACCUUGCAGUCUGGUGGGCCCGAAGGGGGUGCAUUCCUCGACUGCGCUCUCGUUGUGGCACCGUGCGCAUUUUCGGGCUUGGUCACAUGUCACUUUUCGUUUGGCGCCAGGGAGGUCGGAUCAGUUUUACUUCGAUGCGACUUCGUGGCAGGUGCAGCCCUUUGGAUAUGGCGGUCUUCGGCGCGGAUUUCGU